AUGCGCUUUAAUAAAUACAUAUGUGCUAUACAUGCAUUCUCUAAUAUUUAUUUCUAUUUCUAUUUCAAUGUAAUUUUUCUUGUAGGUGCUAAUCAGCAUUUAAAUGAAAACGUUGCUUUCACGUUAGCACAAUCUAAUUCUACCUGCAUCCUAAACUCCCCAACCGAUAGUCCAACCGCGUCCCAAAAACUCUCCGAUGAUGGUUAUCAGCAGCAACAACAGCAGUCGACAAACCAUAACAAUAACAUUAAGACACAUCAAAGCUCGACCGGAGUUGGGGGAGCUAAUAGCAAUUCACAAACCCAACGUUAUUCCACACAUUCUUCAAACGAAUAUCCAUCAACGCCGAAAUCCUCACGCGCGAGUGGUGGUUGUGCGGGAGGUGGCGGGGCAAAUUCGCCAAUAAAAAUUGGAUGUAAUCAGCCGAUCAAUGAUGAGAAUACACCGAUACACUUUAAUAUUGACUGUAGUACCAUAAAUGAGUCACAGCAUUGCACCGCAGAUACUGUCUAUGUAGAUAAUUCAAAUAAUAGUGCUAUCAACGAUAGCAGUAGUACUAGUAGUAGCACGAGCGUAAGUAAUGCUGGCAACGAUAACAACGGCACUGGUCGCGCAGCCCAAACAGAUACAAUUGUAACUUCGACGCCUUCAGCGGCAGCAACGGCGACUACAAACGCGGCACUUGGGAGUUCUGUGCCGAUGGUUAUACCACCACGACAAGCGCUCCUCCCUUGGGGUACCCAUUCGCGUACAUCGAUCGUUAAUGUAAUACCAUAUACACAAGCUCUCGAUAUGCCGUUGUCACAGAGCGGGUCGCAAACUUCGUGCGGCAAUGAAGUAUCGACGCCACCGCGGCCAGGUGAGAUUGUCAUGCGGAACUUAUUUAGUGAUUUUACAGUGCAGGCGGAGAAGAAGAUUGAAUUAGUUAUGCUGGAAAGCGCUGAUAAGCAUUUGUCGAAACUGUUGCAACGUGGUGAGGACCAACAGUUCGACCAACUGCUGUCGGCACUUGGCUCAGUAGCUGAGCACUGUCUGCCAUCGCUGCUGCAUACUUUAUUAGCCUGGCACCGCCGACAACUCUCCGAUGGCGAAAUCAAAAACGAUCUCAAGCGCAUGGAGAAGAACGCUGUGCCCAAACCCGCUACCGAUCUGGAGUUUCAGUUACAACGCCGAGAAGCUGCUGUAGAAUUCAUAUUUUGCUUAGCUCUAAUUGAAAUACUCAAACAAUUGCCCUUCCAUCCGGGACACGAGGAUCUCAUUCGCAAUAUAGAGAAUUUAGCUUUUAAACAUUUCAAGUAUAGGGAAGGUUUACAAAAUAAUCCCAACGCUCACAAUAUUCAUAUGAUAUCCGAUUUGUAUGCGGAGGUCAUCGGAGUUUUGGCACAGAGUCGUUUCUCGUCAGUGCGUAAACGUUUUAUGAGCGAGCUGAAGGAGUUGCGGGCUAAGGAAGUUUCUAACACGACAACACAGAGCAUUAUUAGCCUGCUGAUGGGCAUGAAAUUUUUUCGCGUCAAGAUGGUGCCAAUUGAAGAGUUUGAGGCUUCCUUUCAAUUUAUGCAUGAAUGUGGUCAGUAUUUUCUCGAAGUUAAAGAUAAGGACAUCAAACAUGCACUGGCGGGUCUGUUUGUGGAGAUUUUAGUUCCAGUAGCAGCGGUAAUUAUUAUGAGUAUUGAAAAAUCUUACCCAACGAGUUAUAAUUUUGCACGGUAGAAACUAUUUUUUUAAAGACAUUUCUUAAUUUAUGUCAUCAAAACUUAUAUAAAGAUGGCAAUUAUAUCAACUAAACAACCACAGCGCUGC